AAGAGGACGGACCUAAGAUGGCGGCCUCUGGGGGCGCUGGGAAUAGCUGCUCAUGUCGGCCAACGGAGCGGUGUGGGGCCGCGUGCGAAGCCGCCUCCGCGCCUUCCCCGAGCGGCUGGCCGUCUGCGGGGCCGAGGCCGCGGCGUACGGCAGGUGCGUGCAGGCCUCCACGGCCCCGGGCGGCCGCCUGAGUAAGGACUUCUGCGCGCGGGAGUUCGAGGCCCUGCGGAGCUGCUUCGCCGCCGCGGCCAAGAAGACGCUGGAGGGAGGCUGUUAGGAGGGACGCUGAGCUUCACACCUGUCUGCUGCCGUGGGUGCAGAGCCCUAGUCCUGAUGGCCCCUGGUGGCACACAUUGAAUGCCUAGGGCAGAAAGGAAGUGGGAAUGGCGAAGAUGUGACGUUCCUCGGUGUUAGAUCCUGUUUCUUCUUAAGUUGAGGCGUGGAUAGAGCAGGAAUUGGUUUUCCAACAUUGUGUCCGUAAACCUGAGUUAGAAUAAGAUGUAACUGAAGCCACGAUAAAGAUUCCAUCAAA